AUGGGUCAAUCCACCCAAAAUCGGCAGUCUUGGACACCACAUCUUCGACCAGAACAUCGCACCUUUUCCGCACCUACUACAGCUCAAGUGCCGGUGAAUCCGACAUACACCGGUGCCAGCCCCCGAUCCCCCCAUCUUGCAGCUGGUUCUGUAUCCAAUUCCUCUUCACCCCGUUCCUAUGUUUCCAAGGACGACAGCGCACUUCCCUCACGACAACCCAGGAGCGACCAGCCGCUCCGUCCCUUGUCUACAGCCAACCUUCCCUCCCCCUCUAUCAACACUUCCUCCCCGAAACCCUCCCCAAAUCGGUACCGUCGUACCCCUCAACGAGCGGAAGCCGCUGCCGCUCCAUCAUCUCCUGCGGCUUCUCCGAUUCCGACCGUGAUUGUCGAUGAUUUCGGUGGCCCUCGGCCAGCUCGAACGAACGCUCACAACCGGGUCUCAAGUGUGGACGAUUCAUCUCAUCUCGAAAGGGUCCAACCUGAGCGAUAUCGACGACGAAGCCUAGGCAACAUGGAUGCUACGGCGUACCCCAAUCUGUCACUAGAUUUCCCGACCUCGACUUCUCAAUCUCAAUCGGGCUCGUACGACUUCAUCACAUUCGAUACCAAUCAACGGCCUGCUUCCGCUCACUCCCAGCGGGACAGCGUAGGUAGCGUUCACUCGACACACUCGUCAGCCUCCUCGGCACGAGAAGGGACGCCACCAGAAUCCAACUCUGUCACUAGCAAGACCGGCAAGCCAGAAGAAAAACGUACUGGCAAGCCAUCGCCAUUAUCCCAACCGGUAUCGACACAACCCGAAGCCCCUAAAACCAAUCCUCCAGCCGAAACUCAGAAGAAGGCAACACCGCCUACACUGGAUUCCCCCGCCGCGAAACGUCUCACCGAUUUGAAAAAUGAAACGAAGCGCCCCGGGAAGUCGCGCUUGAGACGGGCCUUCUCGUUCGGCAGCGCCUCUGAGCUCCUGAAGACUUCUGCACAAAGCAAUGCUGCCAAGCGGGAAGCUUUGGCUGCGGAACAGGCGCGCCGUGAAGCUCUGAGGGAACAGCUGGGCCCAGAACAGGCCGCCAUUGCUGAGCAGCAGGAACUGAGCGGACUAGGUGAAAGCAUCUAUUCCCAUCAGGGCCACUUCUUUACCGGGUCCACCGACAACCUGUCUGUAUCAUCCACCGCUUCAUCGGCGUCGAUGAUGCUUCGCAAGAUGGGCAAGGGUGUGAAGCGCUCCACUCGCUCAUUGGUUGGCAUGUUCCGUCCCAAAUCGGUGGCGAGCAUCAAUUCCAUGGAGGGUGCGGGCCCCGAAGUUUCACCCCCACAGAUCACUGUGGUGAACGUGGAGGCGGAACGGGAGAAUGUCGCUGUUAACCCCGACCCUGCAGAUUUGCCCCGCGGGGGUACUGUCUUCCCCAAGUUCGAGGGCAAUGCGGAUGUCAGACGAUCCGUUUCCAUUCGGGAAAGAGCCGCAUCGGAAAAUUCCCAGUCGCGUAAAAGCAUCGUGGGAGGAGACCGAGAGCGGGCGGAGAUUCUGGCGGCCGUCCGGAAGGGUAUCUUGAAGAAAACUCACUCGGACCUCGGUACCUCUUCGCCUGCAUAUGCAUUUGCCGGUGGUGACUCGCCGCAUUCCAGUGCUCCCCCUACACCCGAUGAAUCGUCCAAGUCUCCCGCCCAAAAUGAUCCGGUGAAGAUUGCCGGCGAGGACUACUUCCUGUCGAGCGCAGGGCGGUUCUCGUCUUCUGAAGCGAAGAGUGCACCCAUCACCCCUUCCGCUGUAGGUAGGAAUAUUGUCUUCAGUCCUCGCAUUCAGUUCCACGAAACCUGGCCUAGUGGCGAGUAUGACCGACGUGGAGAAAUUGCAACUUGCAACCGUCUCACCCCCCUGCUUGCUCAGCAGAUCCGGGAGGAGAUCAAUAACUUUAAGAUGGAAAUGGAAGUUCAUGAGAAUUCCAAGAUCUACACACACUUCAUUUAA